AUGUAUUUUGCAACAUACUUUUCUUAUAAGAAAUAUGAAUGGCUAAAUUGCAACAAUAUUAGGUACAUAAUUCUGCCGGAUUCGCUUCCUCUCGACACAAUGCUCAUUGACGACGAGCCGCGCAAGAAAGCUGCUAGGGCUCGUGCUGGUGCUCGUGGUAGGGGACGUGGUGGUCCCCGUGGAAGAGGCCGAGGAGGACCUCGUGGGAGAGGUGGACCACGCGGAAGAGGGCGCUAG